GUCCAGCCCCGUUUUCGAAGAAGACAAGCACAUGUGUUUUUCCCUGUUCCCAACCAGCUUCACCCGACUCCGCAACUAAACGGGCUUUAUUAGUUAAACAAAGGCGAUCGAUAUUUGUUUUUUGUUAUCGAACAUGACGAAAGUGAAGAAGGAAAAGGUGGCCAAUGACGAAGAGGUACCGGAGGCCGGCGGUCACGAAAAAUCUGAGAAGACUUACCAAGAGUUGGUCGCCAACGUGAACGCCAUCUCGCAGCCGCUUGCCACAAGGAAGCUCAGCAAGAAACUCUACAAAUGCGUCAAAAAGGCGUCCAAAUUGAAGAAUAUCCGCAGAGGAGUGAAAGAAGUUCAGAAGUUCAUUGGAAAAGGGGAGAAAGGCAUCGUGUUGUUAGCCGGCGACACGCUGCCCAUCGACGUCUACUGCCACCUGCCGAUCAUGUGCGAAGACAAAAACCUGCCGUAUGUCUACAUCCCUUCCAAAAUGGACUUGGGCGCGUCCGCCUGCUCCAAGAGGCCCACCUGCGUGAUCAUGCUCAAACCUCACGAAGAUUAUCAGGAGGCGUACAACGAGUGUCUGGAAGAGGUGACCAACAUGCCCAAGCUGUUAUGAGCUCCACAAUCCGUCCAAUGGAACAAGCGAUGCAUCACCUCCGGUUCAAAUGCUGGAAAUGAGUUGGAAAGUGACGGGAUAUUUAAUUUUACAUCUUGACAGCUUUUUUUUUUUUUUUUCUACUUCUGAAUUAGUUUUAUGUUUUGUUUGUGUUUUUUUUAAUAAAACAAACUAAUUCCCACCUGAC